AUGCUUGGAAAGGACUACAUGCUCGCCAUCAUCAUAGUCAAUUAUGAAGAUGAUAUCUGGAAUGAUCAGAGCUUGACGUUGGACUCAGACCUGCCUCCAGGAUGGCGCACUAUACGGGACAGCACCGGUACCUACUACUGGCACGUGCCUUCAGGCACCACACAGUGGCAGCAUCCUUCAUACAGCACAGAGGACAAACAGAGCAUCAGCAACGGACUCCCAGCUAACCAGCACAAGAGUACUGGAGCUGAUGGGAGGCGUGAGUCCAAAGGGGGGGUAACGGAAAGCCCCAUGCAUUCCCUCAGUGACGGAGUGUCCUGGCAGGAAGAAUACUUCUGUGCGAACACGGACCCAGACUCCAAGUGUUUUGCGGUACGCUCGCUGGGAUGGGUGGAGAUCCCAGAGGAGGAACUGGCACCAGGGAAGAGCAGCCUGACAGUCAAUAACUGUAUCCAGCAGCUCUCUCACAGCAAAGCCGAGGGACGUGAUGCUGUGGGAGCUUGGGGAGAGGGUCAGGACAUGAUGAUGGUGCUCAAAAAGGACACGCUAAGCCUCCUGGACCCCAUCGACAGCAGUCUCAUCCACUGCCAACCCAUCAUCAGCAUUCGAGUGUGGGGGGUGGGCUGCAACAACGGCAGAGACAGGGACUUUGCCUUUGUGGCCAGUGAUAAGGACACGUGCAUGCUGAAGUGCCACGUGUUCCGCUGCAACGCACCUGCUAAGACUAUAGCCUCAGCCCUGCAUGAGUUGUGCUCCAAGAUCAUGGCAGAGAAGGCAGCAAUGCCACCAUCCGUGCCACGAUCACUUACAAUGGAGAGCAUUUCUCCCGAGGAUCUGCCUCACCAUGUCAACUUCUUAGAUGCAGUGAGGCAGAGGAUUCAAAAAUUUGAGGUUGAGUACAUCGGAAACCUGCCUGUCUCUAGAGCAAUGGGGAUGGAGGUGCUGAACAGGGCUAUUGAGAGCAUCAUGCACUCCAGAGACAGAGACGAAUGGGAGCCGAUUGUCAUUCACGUGUCAGACACAGUGUUGUCGCUGUGGAGGGGAGAGGAUGGCGAGGACCCUUUUUGGGAAUGCCAGGUACGCUACCUGACCUUCCUUGGUGUCGGUCAUGACACACAUACCUUUGCAGUGAUAGUGGACGCCGGGACACAGCGCUUUGAGUGUCACGUCUUUUGGUGUGAACCUGACGCUGGUUUCGUAUCCGAGGCAAUACAGGCAGCAUGCAUGGUCCAGUACCAGAAGUGCUUGGUUGCACAGACACCACCUUUAAGGUCAAAAAUGUGGCGAGCCGGCUCCAAAGUCAAACGCGCCAACUCCAUGGAUGGUUCCAGCUUCCCACCUUGCCACCAAGGACACACGCAACCCAAAAUGACUUCCUCUAGCAUAAAGAAAGGCAUGCUGGCAUUUUUCGAGACAUUCCGAAAUAAACCUCCUGUGGUUCCUGCACCAUAG